CGCAACGCGAACACAACAACAACAGGUCUGUUGAAUAAAACCGCUCAGUGUUUUAAAGAAUGGAAAACAUUGUUUAAAUCUGUACCCAAUUAUUUUAUCUUGUAAUCUAGGUAAAUUGAAUUGGGCAGUCAAAGGAGUAUGGCAAGAAUUAGCACAUUGCAUUGAUGCGGUUAGUAGUACGUUAUGGAAGAAUUACUGGAAAAUUUAUCUUCCGUUUCUGUUACGUAUUCUCAUAACAGCGUCGUUAAACCACAUCCUAAGUACUCUGAAUUUAAACGCCGGUCGAAAGAAGAGUCUCAAGAAGUAAGACGCCAAGAAUUGUUAAAGGAGCAAAAAAGGCGAAGGAGCGAACGCUUCGAUGCCUCCCGGGAUUUGGAAGCAAUCUUCUCCAAGACUCGAAGGCCUCACAGAUCGAUAGCCAAGGACAAGUACAAGAUGAUGCACUCGGAGUGGCUGGUGGAUGUUCCGACCGACAUGUCGUCAAAGUGGAAGAUGCUGCUGUGCCCGGAGGGCAAACACGUGCUCGUCAUCGCAGUGCACGGCCGGACGAAGCUGAUGGACCGGCGGAGGCAGGAGGUGAGGAGCUUCAGCUCGGUGCUCCCCGGGGGCAGCCCGGAGUGCCCCCACGAGCUCACGGUGCUGGACGGCAUCUGGGUGGCCCGCGAGAAGACCCUGUACGUGCUGGACAUGCUCUGCUGGGCCCACCACGACGUCGUGGACUGCGAGGCGGAGUUCCGCUUGUUCUGGCUGGAAUGCAAGUUCAAAGAGAUGCCGGAGAUGGCGGACCGAGAGGCGAACCAGGGGCUCCGCUUCCGCCGGCUGGAGACGCACCCGUGCGAGCCGGGGACCGUGGAGGCGGCCAUGUCGCGCUUCCCGCCCUUCCCGGGGGGCGGCCCCACCCUGGACGGGGUGCUGUUCUACCACCUGGAGGCGGGCUACGCGAUGGGGCGCACCACGCCGCUGGUCGGCUGGCUGAAGGGGUACAUGGUGCCCGACCUGCUGGGGGUGCCCGUCGCCGCGGGCCACCUGGGGGGCCGGCCCCCGGGACUCUCGCUGCGCGACCACAUCCAGGCGGAGGAGAAGCUCAUGCACCGGAGGAGGCAGCGCAACAGGAAGGAGCGCGUCAGGGCCGACAAGAUGGAGUGUGAGCAAGGUGGAGCCAGUGCAGACGCGUCGGAAGACGCGAUGGACCAGCAGGAGGAUGCUGUGACGGAGAAAGACCCUUCCCAGUCGUGCCAACCCACCGGUGUCGACUCUAUCGUGGAAUCUGCGGUUUCGUCCCAACUGAUGACGUCUUGAACUUUUUUUUUUAAAUUUGGUACAAAAUAUGAAAUUCUCGACUGUCAGUCAGUCCUCGAGUACGUAAAAAAAAUUGUAUCUUAUGCAAGUCUGCACUGUUGACAGACGUUUAUAUAUUUGAGUCACCUUCUACUUGCUAGACUGAAGUUCAUCGUGGCCCUGUCUGUGGCCGGGCGACAACGGUGCAGCCCAGCGGCAUACGUGCGGGCCUAAAAACAUUUAAUUUGGAAUUUGUUCUUGAAUAACUACAGCAUAAUAGAGCUCAGUACGGAACACACAAGACAUUUAUUAGUGAAAACUUGUAACAGUGUCAGUUUUAUAAUUUUUUUUUGUUAAGUGUACAUAUGCAUAAAAAUGUGUAACAGUACGCUUCACUUUACAAUUUCAUAGGAAAGAACUGCUGCACUUAAUGGAAAAAUAUGUACAGUGCCCGGGAUAAAUUCAAAUAAAAUUUAAGAAUUAUUGUUUUGAACAAUAAGAUAACUAGCGUACAAUAUUCUUUGAACAUAAACAAUACUAAAAGUGUUCUCUUGUCGAAAAUAUGAAGCUCAAAGCAACCUUUGGUUUUUUGUUUGCGAAUAAAAUUGUUCUCAGUAUGCCAAAUGCAACAAAAAAAAAAUAAGUAUCGUCAAACUAAAAUUAUUUGCAGUUAUGAUAAGUGUUAUCUUAGAAAGAGGAAUAGGACAACAAUUUAAAAAUUUAGUUCCUGUAGGUCACAGAAAAAUGGAUGUGAAACUAAAAAAAAAAAGUACUUUCCAAAUUUAUCUGUUAACAAUCUUGCACCAAAUAGAUGCAUUUUAUUAGUGUGCAUACUGGCUAGAUGACGUCAACAAAUUUGGCAGUGGGUCACUGAAACAAUGAGAUUCAUUAAUGCAUUUUAAAUUUUAAUGUUUAAAAAAUGUAUACUUCCAUCACCCUGUUUUUGUUCAAUAGUAUAAAAAUUUUUGUGUGUUUUAAACAUUUUAUUCACUAUUCCAUGCUUUUCCCUGGGUUUUGUUUUUGGAGCUUGGUUGUCUGUUCUCUGCUGACUUCACAAAUACUGCGCAUGGCUCGUUCACUAACACCCAGUACAUUUGGCAGCUCUUGCUGUUGCCAUUUGAAGCAGCUCGAGAAGAAAAAAAUGUUCAAGUUUCAUCAUCGCAACACUGAAUCACAGACUCUAUAAUUACGCGUUCACUGCUGUGGAUGACGUUCCUGUACCUCUGCGACCAUCAUUUAUACUCCGUAGUCUUCCACGCAGCUGAACGUGCGGCUGAUGUUUGUAAAUCAGCAGAAAGCAGAGUCUGACCUGACGUGUUGCUUACCCCUGCUCUGGCAUGCUCAAACGUCUGCCGGUACCAGUAUUUACAACUUUGUAUAGUAAAAUAUAAUUUUGGUGUGAGAAAAAUUUGUGCAGUGUAACCAAUUUUCUUGAAUUAAGGUCAGUGUAUUUAUCAAAAAAAAAAAUUGCUUACCAAACCCUAUGUUGGCUUGGAAUUGUGUAUGUAUAAGUACAAAUUUUGUUAUAUUAAUUAUAAUAAAACACCUUUCAGAAAUCA